AUGGCUGGAGGUAAUACUCGUGAGAGAGUUUCCCGUUUGGAAGAGUUCGUGGGUUUUCCUACAGAAACAAAGGUACAAGAUGGUGCAGAAAGCUUUGUUAUUCGAAUCAAAAACUUGGCUUCUGAAGUGGAGACCCUGAAGACUGAUCCUGAUGGGUUUGAUGUUGAGUCGCUGACUGAUGUCUUCAAGAAGAACCUAAAAGACCUUGAAGAUGAAGUGUCCUUGGUGAAGAGGGCCAUUCAUGGGAGUUCCAGAGGCGGUGGUGAUCCUCUUUCGCAGAAGAUCAAGGUGUCAGAUCCCAAGUCUUUCAGUGGUACCCGAAAUGCCAAAGAGUUGGAGAAUUUCCUAUGGGACAUGGAGCAGUACUUCAAGGCUGCUCGGAUCCCUAAUGGCGAGAAGGUGACCAUUACAAGCAUGUAUCUGUCUGGUGAUGCAAAGCUAUGGUGGCGCACACAGACAGAGGACGAUGCUUCUGCGGGUAGGCCUCGGAUUGAAGUUUGCGAGACCCUUAAGAAGGAAUUAAAGGACCAGUUCUUGCCUCAGAACACUGCAUGGAUUGCAAGGGAAUCUCUGAAGAAAUUGAAGCACACAGGUACCGUUCGUGACUAUGUGAAGGACUUUAGUUCCUUGAUGCUGGACAUUCGAAAUAUGUCAGAGGAAGACAAGCUGUUCAAUUUCAUGUCCGGAUUGCAACCAUGGGCUCAAGCAGAACUCCGUAGGCAAGGUGUGAGGGACCUUCCUACUACCAUGACAGCGGCAGAUUGUCUUGUAGAUUUCAAGAUGACUGGGUCUACUACACAAGACAAGAAGAAGUCCAAGGAGGGGAAGAAAGACAAAGGCCAGUCCUUCAGGUUCAAGGACAAGAAGAAGGACAAGAAUCAAAAGAAGGAUAAAGGCAGUGGCUUUGUCAAGGCCAAGGCAGAUUACAAUAACAAAGGAAGUAGUAGUGGGACUAAGCCCAACUACGGUUGUUUCAUCUGCAAUGGUCCCCAUCGUGUUAGGGACUGCCCCAAGAGGGAGAAGCUGAGUGCUAUUGUCGCUGAUUCAAAAGGAGACUCAGACUCGGAAUCUGGUCCAACCCGAGUUAAUCAUCUGCAAAUGCUGAAUGCUCUUACUGAAGAACAGUCCAUGGAGUUGAAAAGGCUCAUGUUCAUUCAGGUGACGCUGAACGGCAAGAAAGUUUUGGCAAUGGUGGACACGGGGGCCACUCAUAACUUCAUUGCGCAGAGGGAAGUAAGUAACUUUAAUUUAAAGUUAAUUCCACAUGCUAAUAAGAUGAAAGCUGUGAAUUUUGAAGCCAAGCCUGUCUUAGGCAUGGCCACCACUUCUAUGAAAGUUGGUUGUUGGGAGGGCGUAGUUAGUCUUAUAGCUGUACCCUUAGAUGAUUUUGAUCUAAUUCUUGGAAUUAAGUUCCUUACGAAAGCUAGAGUGAAGGAAGAUCGUAAAUAUGGCUGCAUCGAAAUAAUCUCUGCAUUGCAAGUGAAAACAGGUUUGAAGAGGGGAGACUCUACCUUUCUUGCAGCUAUGAUAGAGAUCAAACCGGACCAGUUUGUUGAAGUUCCAGAUUCUGUUGCUGAAAUUCUAGAGGAAUUUGCAGAAGUGAUGCCACCAGAACUACCCAAGCAAUUGCCCCCUCGACGUGCUGUUGAUCAUAAGAUAGAGUUGGAGCCGGGUGCAAGGGCUCCUGCUCAAGCCCCAUACCGGAUGGCGCCUUUAGAACUAGCUGAAUUGCGUAGACAGUUGGAUGAGUUGCUGGAGUCUGGCUAUAUUCAACCAUCCAAGGCACCGUACGGCGCACCAGUGUUGUUCCAGAAGAAGUAG